UCUUGCGUGGUGCUGCCCUUCGAUCAUUCAUCCCAUCUCGCCAUCUCGCCAUCUGACCAUCCCGUCUUCCCCUGCCUCGUCUCCGCACCGACCAGCAACCAUGAAGCUGCAGUUCGGCGCUGCCUUGGCCCUCUCGUGGGCCGCCAGUCUCGCAUCGGCAGACUCUUCGCCUUCCGUCCUGACUAUCCCGAUCCAGAAGACCUAUACCGGCGCCGAUAGCGCCCCGUCGGUGCUGAAGAUGUACGCCGCCGCCAGCCAGGCUGCCCUGACCAGAUGGUCGAAUAGCUACAGCGCCUCCAGGAGCUUCGCCGCCACCGACAGUAUUUCGCCCAAUGCCCUCGUCGACCUGGGAGACAGUGCCUAUCUCGGCCCUGUUGCCAUCGGAACUCCCGCCCAACUCUUCUUUGUCGAUUUCGAUACCGGAUCCAACCGUCUUUGGGUCCGCGGUUCGCAGUGCCGAGCGUGUAUCUACCCUGGCGGCAGCCCCGCAUACAACCCUCUGCUGAGUUCGACGGCGCAGGUCACCAACAUGGGUGAAGGUCAGCUGUAUGGCCUUGGAAGCGAGAACGGCACUCUUGUCUACGACAAUGUCCAGUUCGGCGGCUACACAUCGACGGCCCAGAUCUUCAGCGAUGUCUUCCAGGUCGAUCAGACUUUCCAGCAGCAGAUCCAGGGCGGCAUGGACGGCAUCGCCGGUUUGGCUUUCAACGAGCGCGCCACCACAAGCUCUGCCAACUACAUCUAUGAGACCGUUGUCCAGGGCUUGAUCCGCCGCGGUGCCAUCAAGAGUCCCAUGUUUGCCAUGUGGCUCAACGGCUCGUCCUCGGGCAAUGUGCAGUACCCCGGCGGCGAGUUUACCCUGGGCGGGUACAACACCCAGCGCUUCCAGGGCAGCAUCACCUGGCUCCCGAUCGACUAUAUCCCUGGCACCACCUCGCGCUAUUUCUGGGCCCACAACCUCACCAGCAUCAAGGUUGGCUCGACAAGCAUCAACACCAACCAAGUCGGCAUCCUGGAUACGGGAACGUCGCUGCUUGUCAUCGACCAGGCCAGCUUCACCAACGUCAUCCAGCCCGGACUCGGUAUCAACAUCACCACCCAGGUCUUCCAGGGACAGUCGCUUUUCGUGGUCAACUGCCAGGACGUCAAGCCAACGCUGCCGGACAUUGUCAUUUACCUGCAAGGCAACCCCUUCCCGGUCUCGUACCAGCAGUACAUUGCCUACGACCCUGUCAACAAGAUCUGCAUUCUCGCUCUCCAAGUUGCCGCCGAUCUCCCUGGCUGGAUCCUCGGCGAUAUCUUCCUCCGCCAGUACUACUCCAUUUUCGAUCACGGCUCGGCGCGCUCUGGUCUGGCCCCGGUCGCCGGCAACUCGCUUCCCAUCCAGCCUCCGGGUCUUCCCACCACCCCGAUUCAGCCCAACAGCAACAACGGCAACAACAAAGACCCCAACAGCAAGUCAGGCGCUCUUGGCUCGCAAGCUUCUCUCGGUGGUGCCUUGCUCGGCGCUGUCGUUGCGGCCUUUUUCCUCUAAGACGGGCUCUUGGCACUAGAUUUCUGACCGCGCCCAGCCCCUAAUUGCAUCUGCAGAGACAAUCUUGGAGGGACAGGGCCGGUGAGAAAGACCGCCCAUGGAUGCCGCCAUCUUGUCCCGCGACUGGGUGCUUGUGUCUAUGCCGUGGAUCGGUUGAUCCGGUUGAUCCCCCCUCCCUUCCUUUAACUUCAACACGCAUUCGUCAAGACCAUUGUCCAUUAUUCUCAUUUGUACUGUUUUGAAUGCAUCGUUCUCCAAGCGCAUCGCCACUUGAUGGUUUUUUGUUGAUCCUAUGAUCUUGGCGACAAUCCUGCCAUGCACCGGUUCUCCCCUCUCCUUUCCUCAAACAGCAUGGAUUCAAAAAUACAAACCUUCACCCGAUGAUAAAACCUGUGCAACAAAACAGAGCCAGGGCAAACCG